CCCCUCGGAACGUCCCCGGGAGCCCAGCCAGAGCGAGCGCCGGGGCCGGGCGCGCAGGAGUGAAAAGGAGGCGGCGGCCGCUGCUGCGAGCAACAGAUCCGGGCGCCGCGAGCAGACUCGCUCUGCUGUUUGGCGAUCUUUUUUCCUAUUUCAAAAAAAUUUACUGAAUUUGAAAAUCUUGCAUUUUUAAAUGGCGCUGGCCCCGGGUCAGAGGGCGGUUUUCUCUGCAUCAAGAUGGGCUUUGCCGUUUCCGUCGUGGGCACCAGUGGUGGCCUGAUUGUCAGUGUUCUCCCGGCGUUUUUAAGGCCAGGAGCCGAGCGCUGCAUGUAGGUGAAUCACCACCCUAUAGAGCGGUUUGGCUUUUUAAAUUAUUGCUGUUAUUAUUUUGGGCAGAGAACAGUCGAUCUCGUGCACGCCGUCCCCUCUGCAGAAGAGGCUGCCAGUCGGAGGUGGGUCGCUCGGAGGGUGAAAUUCCUCCCGGGGUGAGCGAGCCCCGGCCCCGCGCGCAGUCCAGCGGCCCCGCGUGUGUGUCCUCCCCCUGCCCGCGCCGGGAAAAUGGAGGCUGUGAUUGAGAAGGAAUGCAGCGCGCUCGGAGGCCUCUUCCAGACCAUCAUCAGCGACAUGAAGGGGAGCUAUCCAGUUUGGGAAGAUUUCAUAAACAAAGCCGGAAAGCUGCAGUCCCAGCUUCGGACAACAGUAGUAGCAGCAGCUGCCUUCUUGGAUGCCUUUCAGAAAGUGGCUGACAUGGCCACCAACACACGUGGUGGUACCAGGGAGAUCGGAUCCGCUCUCACCAGGAUGUGCAUGAGGCAUAGAAGCAUAGAAGCCAAGCUGAGGCAGUUUUCGAGUGCUUUGAUUGAUUGUCUGAUAAACCCACUUCAAGAACAGAUGGAAGAAUGGAAGAAAGUGGCCAACCAGCUGGAUAAAGACCACGCAAAAGAAUAUAAAAAAGCCCGCCAAGAGAUAAAAAAGAAGUCCUCAGAUACGCUGAAACUGCAGAAGAAAGCAAAAAAAGUGGACGCUCUCGGGAGAGGUGAUAUCCAGCCUCAGUUGGACAGCGCCCUCCAAGAUGUCAAUGAUAAAUAUCUCUUGUUGGAAGAAACAGAAAAGCAGGCCGUCCGGAAGGCUCUGAUUGAAGAACGAGGCCGAUUCUGCACCUUCAUCUCCAUGCUGCGGCCAGUGAUUGAGGAAGAAAUCUCAAUGCUGGGGGAAAUAACCCACCUUCAGACCAUAUCGGAAGAUCUAAAAAGCCUGACCAUGGACCCUCACAAACUGCCCUCCUCAAGCGAACAGGUGAUUUUGGACUUGAAAGGUUCUGAUUACAGCUGGUCCUAUCAGACUCCACCCUCUUCCCCCAGCACCACCAUGUCCAGAAAGUCAAGUGUCUGCAGCAGCCUGAACAGCGUCAACAGCAGCGACUCCCGGUCCAGCGGCUCCCACUCGCAUUCCCCCAGCUCGCAUUACCGCUACCGCAGCUCCAACCUGGCCCAGCAGGCGCCCGUGAGGCUCUCGAGCGUGUCCUCUCAUGACUCAGGAUUCAUAUCCCAGGACGCCUUCCAGUCCAAGUCACCGUCCCCCAUGCCACCAGAGGCCCCCAACCAGAACUCGUCCAGCUCGGCCUCCUCUGAAGCCUCCGAAACCUGCCAGUCAGUGAGCGAGUGCAGCUCUCCCACCUCAGUCAGCUCGGGCUCCACCAUGGGCGCCUGGGUGUCCACAGAGAAGUUGUCUAACGGGUUUUCUCACUGUAGUUUAUCAAGUGAUUCCCACGUGGGGCCCGUGGGUGCAGGCCUUUUCCCCCACUGCCUGCCUGCCUCCCGCCUGCUCCCUCGGGUCACCUCUGUCCACCUUCCAGACUACGCUCAUUAUUACACCAUUGGGCCCGGCAUGUUCCCGUCAUCUCAGAUCCCUAGCUGGAAGGACUGGGCUAAGCCAGGACCCUACGACCAGCCUCUGGUGAACACUCUGCAGCGCCGCAAAGAGAAGCGUGAGCCGGACCCCAACGGGGGAGGACCCCCUGCUGCGGGUGGCCCGCCUGCCGCCGCCGAGGAGGCUCAGAGACCACGGAGCAUGACUGUGUCUGCUGCCACCAGGCCUGGUGAGGAGAUGGAGGCUUGUGAGGAGCUGGCCCUGGCCCUGUCGCGGGGCCUCCAGCUGGACACCCAGAGGAGCAGCCGGGACUCGCUUCAGUGCUCCAGUGGCUACAGCACCCAGACGACCACCCCGUGCUGCUCUGAGGACACCAUCCCCUCCCAAGUUUCAGAUUAUGAUUAUUUCUCCGUGAGUGGUGACCAGGAGGCAGAUCAGCAGGAGUUCGACAAAUCCUCCACCAUUCCGAGAAACAGUGACAUCAGCCAGUCCUACAGACGGAUGUUCCAAGCCAAGCGCCCAGCCUCGACCGCUGGCCUCCCCACCACCCUCGGACCUGCUAUGGUCACCCCAGGGGUUGCAACCAUCCGCCGGACCCCUUCCACCAAGCCUUCUGUCCGCCGGGGGACUAUCGGAGCUGGUCCCAUCCCCAUCAAGACACCCGUGAUCCCUGUCAAGACCCCGACCGUCCCAGACCUCCCUGGGGUGUUGCCAGCCCCUCCAGAUGGGCCAGAGGAGCGGGGUGAGCAUAGCCCUGAGUCGCCACCUGUGGGUGAGGGCCCCCAAGGUGUCACCAGCAUGCCCUCCUCCAUGUGGAGUGGCCAAGCUUCCGUCAACCCUCCACUUCCAGGCCCGAAGCCCAGUAUCCCCGAGGAGCACAGGCAGGCGAUUCCCGAAAGUGAGGCUGAAGACCAGGAAAGGGAUCCCCCAAGUGCCACUGUCUCCCCAGGCCAGAUUCCAGAGAGUGACCCUGCAGACCUGAGCCCAAGAGAUACUCCACAAGGAGAAGACAUGCUGAACGCCAUCCGAAGGGGCGUGAAACUGAAGAAGACCACGACAAACGAUCGCUCGGCCCCUCGCUUCUCUUAGGCUCUCUUAGUCUCACAAGAAACGCUGCCAGUGGGGAAUGAACUGUUUAAUUAAUAAAACCUAAUUUGUCUUGAUCCAUUCCAAUCUAUAAUCUAACAAAAGAUUUUGUAGGCAACUCAGAAUACAGCUCUUUUGAAAGUACUCAACACCUUUAGAUAAGAAUUAAAAGCAACAUAUGUAACUGACAUAAUCUUGAUCUUUUAAUUUGUAAAUAUUGACAAUUUUCUUUCUGCACAUUUUAAUCUUAGUUUCCCUUUUGAUUUUUCUGAAGGUGCCAAAUUCCAUUUAACUUUUUUACAAGUCUUUGUAAAAUUUUAAAUGCAUAAGGGGGGUGGUUGGGGUAGGGAAACCAUGAAGUAGUUAAUUUCAGAAAAGAAUUUACUAUACUUCACUCUCUUUUUUUUCUGCAAGCUUUUGUAGAUGCAUUGUAGUAGUCUAGCUUAGAAGCAAAUUCAAGUUAUUUUAAUGUACAAACAACAUGGGUAAGAGGUAAAACCCUCAGUUAAAUAUACUGUGUUCUGAGGGAAAAAGCAGGAGUAACAAUUGAUGAGCAAUAUUCAGAGUGAAGUAAAUCUGGAAAUGGUAGACUGUGUUGGGAUUGGGGGGAGGGCCAUGGGAGGGGCACACUGUCAACAUAGCCGAUCCUGUCACAUUUAAGAGUAGCCUCGUAGGUUGAAUUUCUAGUAGCUUCAUGGUAAAUGCAUCCGAAUAAGCCAUACUGGAUUGCAGUGUUUGUUUCUGUAGGGUGUUUAAGGACUUCCUUUCUCCCACGAUUCCUCUUGACUGCACACAGCACCCACCUCCAAUCCCGUGCAUGCUGCUGCCACCAGGUAGACGUAGAGUGCCCCACUUUAGUUUCUCGUUGAUUGUACUCACUUUCAUUGAAUCCAAAUACAUCCAAAAGGGUAAGGCAGUUUAAAAAAUGUGAAAACAUUUUAAAAUGAUAGCAGGGAAUUCUUAGACAUAGCAAAUGCCUUUUACUUAACUGUGCCCAGCAGGCUGGGUGCGUUGAAAAGCCCAAAUAUUUUGAAAAAACUCGAGUGGAUUUAACAAGGGUAACCAGCUUGGAGUCUAGCAACUUGCCAAUGUGUUUACCAAUUUGGGGGCUUGUUUUUCUUAUCUUCUUUUAAAUCAAUAGCAGUUAAUUGGCUUCAUAUUAAACACUGAAGAGAGGAGGAUUUGUUUAUUGUCACUGGGAAUCUGACCACUAUACUGUCCUUUUUUGUAUUCUAGGUAAUGUUUUUUGGAAUGGAUUUGUCUUUUCUUUUUUAAGUGGAAGUUAAAUUUGUUAUAAUACCCAUCCCUUAAAGCCAACAGAGAUUUGUAGAUUUAAAGGGAUCACAUUUGGAGAAGGCAACAGUGUUUAAAAAAGAAAGCAAGCCCCUUUAGCAGUUGGGUCAGUUGACAGGGCACAUUUGUGACCAUACUUCUCAAGGAAGAGGAGUUUGGUGGGUCCCACACACCCUGCAGAUUUCUGUUGGCUCUGAUCCUCAAAGACAUAAUCUUAUGCUUUAAUACAUAACCGCAUUGGAUGUGACAGUAACGUACCUGUAUAGUCACUGUUCUAUAUAUUAACAUUUAACACUGCUGUGAUUGCUCAAGGACAUUUUAUGUUAUGGCUUUAAAGCAAAGGCAUGAUUAUUAGAAACUAUUUAAGCUUUUUUCUUUGAAAAACAAGCUCCUUUUACAGAAUAUAAGCAACAGUAGUGCCUGUGGUUUAGCCCACCAAUCUUGAUGACUAAAAGUAGCUGAUGCAUUGUGCAUAUGAUGCUUGAGAUGGUUUUUGCAAAAGCAGAAAUCGCUGCAAGGUAAUCACAAUAGAUAAAAGUGGUAUUUUAAACCUUUGAAAUAAAUGGAUGUAACUGUACCUUGGUACAGCUUUUCACUUGUUUAGUUUUUAAACGUUAGUAUAAUCGGAGUAAGUAUAAAAUGUUGCCAAAUUCAAUGUAGAAAGAAUGUGACAAGACACCUUGGGUAGUUCUGUUUGUGUUUUUGCAUAUUGUAAAAGCAGUGUCACAGCUAAAAAUAAAGAAAUCCUUUCUAAAGGUAAAUUAUUGUGGUUUAGUUGCUAGUUUGUACUGAGAGUUGAUCUCUCCCUGUGCAGUUUUUUGUUCUAAACGUGUAUAAAUAACAAUUGUGUAAUGUGUCUCCCUUCUACAUUGUAACAAUUGCUUCAGCCCACGUUAUAAAUAAAGAACCACUAGAGAAAAAAAAAGUUCUGUAUUUCAAGUCUUGUUAAAAUUCAGUUUGAGGUCUUAGUCAAAUGUUAGAAGAUGGACUGAGACUCAAAUUGAGCUUACUUGUAAAACUAACAAAAUACUAUUUUUGUGAUGGUUGAGCCAUAAGAACACUAGUUGCCUGAACUAUUAUUUGAGAACAGGUCCAAUAAGUUACAAGAACUAAAAUUAUCCAUUUGGGGUUGGCAGUUUUAAAAAUUGCUUUACCUUAAAAAUAAAAACAAAAAUGUCUUGAAACAUU